AACAUACCUUAAUCAGCAAGCAAAAAACCCCUUAUAAAACGCUGCCGAAAAAUAAUUCAAAAGAUCCAUAAUUCCAAAGCUUUUCUCAUUUCUGUUUACGCAAAAUCUGAAGCAAUGGCUGAGAAGAAAAUGGGCGUGGUUAAGGGUUUAGAUUUAGCGAGGUACAUGGGAAGAUGGUACGAAAUUGCUUCAUUUCCAUCAAGAUUUCAGCCCAAAAAUGGGACCAAUACAAGGGCAACGUAUUCUCUGAACCCUGACGAUGGAACUGUUAAUGUUUUGAAUGAGACAUGGACUAAUGGUAAAAGAGGGUUCAUUCAAGGCACUGCUUACAAGGCUGAUCCCAGUAACGAUGAGGCUAAGCUUAAAGUGAAAUUUUACGUGCCCCCAUUUUUGCCCAUAUUUCCCGUCACUGGGGAUUACUGGGUUUUGUACAUUGAUGCUGACUACCAGCACGCUUUGGUUGGACAGCCCAGCCGGAGCUUUCUCUGGAUAUUGUGCAGGAAGCCUGAUAUGGAUGAGAAGACAUACAAGGAGCUUGUAGAGAAGGCUAAAGCUGAGGGGUAUGAUGUGAGCAAAUUGCAGAAGACACCACAGUCUGAUCCUCCACCAGAGAGUGAAACUGCACCCGAUGACACUAAAGGAAUUUGGUGGAUUAAGUCCAUUCUGGGAAAGUAGUACGAAGCUUCAAUUAUUCAUUAGUCACUCAAUAUAUAGAAUAAAGGGCAGAGCACAUAUGCCUUACUCUUGCCAUUAGACGUUGGAAGUUUCUUUGUUCCUUUCUCAGAUAAAAAUGUCAUAGUAUUCAGGAUUGUCUUAUUGAAUACCAAAAGGGUUUUAGUAUAUGAGAAAGUGGUUUUUAUUUGGUCAAAUUGUUGUUUGGAGGCCACUUAAAUGUGUCUAUACUACAUUGAUGUUACAGCCAA